AUGGAGCAGCCAUCAUUGUGGAAUCCCACGUUUGUCACCAGUGUGACCGCCAUGUUCGAUAACGACCACAAAGGUUAUCUUCUGAUUAUGCAUGGCGGCGCAGGAACCAUGUCGAGAGAGGGUUCUACUCCAGAGCAACGCGUCAGAUACAAAAUGGGUAUUCGUGCUGCCCUCGAGGCCGGUUACGCGGUUCUGCGGUCUGGCGGCGAAGCAAUGGAUGCAACAGUCGCCACAGUCAGCGUAUUAGAGGACAACCCGCUUUUCAAUGCCGGCAAAGGAGCCGUAUUUAAUGUCGCUGGUAAGAACGAGUUGGAAACAUCACUCAUGCUCUCGAAACCCCCCGCCACUGGUGACACUGGCAUUCCGGUGUCAAGACGGGGGGUCGGGAUUACUCUGCUCUCGCACGUAAAAAACCCAAGUAAACUUGCUCGCGCUCUGUAUAUGGCACCGACUCUGCUGCCUCAUACUUUCAUCUCUGGGCCAACUGCAGAGUUGCUUGCUGAAUCGUUGGGCGAAGAGCUUGUGCCAUCCAGUUACUUUUUCACAAAACAACGCUGGAUUGAGCAUCGCCGGGGACUGGGCUUACCCGAUGACGACGAGAAAAUCGGCGAAGAAUUGCCCUUACUUGACCUGCAACCCACUGGGACGGUUGGUGCAGUGGCCCUAGACAUUCGAGGCUGCAUUGCAUCCUUGACCUCAACCGGCGGCAGGACUAACAAAUUGGUGGGGAGGAUCGGCGACACGCCUCACAUGGGGUCGGGCUUCUGGGCAGAGCAAUGGCCAAGUUCAACGGGAUGGGUCAACAGGCUGCUCGAUAGAAUACGGGGGACUUCGUCCGAGCAAGCCGUUGGAAUUUCCGGAACUGGUGAUGGCGAUUAUUUUAUCAGAUGCUCAACAGCAGUUACAAUCGCACACCGAGUCAGAUACCUGGGUGAAUCGCUCCAGAAAGCAGCAGACUAUGCUGUCAACGAACUCCGUGAAAAUGGCGGCAUUGGAGGUAUUAUUGCUCUGGACAACCAGAAAAAUGCCGUGUUCGCGCUAAACUGUCCUGGCAUGUACCGUGGAAUCAUCCGAGAGGAUGGAGUGCCUUUGACUGCUAUAUUUGAUGACGACAUUCUUGAAUAG